AUGUUUCGAUCAGCCUCUUUCUUCGCACUCGGUGCCCUUCUCAUCCUAGCUCUACUCGAAAAUGUAGCAGCUGCCUCUGCCGGUUGUGGCAAGACGCCGAAGCUAACCAACGGUGUCCAUACCACAACCAUAAAUGGCAAGCAACGCCGUUGGACACUUCGCAUUCCCAAUGGCUACGACAAGAGCCGUCAAUACCGCUUCAUCUUUGGUAUCCAUUGGCUCAAUGGUGACAUGAAUGCCGUUGCUGGAGGCUCAUCACCAUACUACGGCCUGGCAGCUCUCGGAGGCGACAGCACCAUCUUCGUGGCACCCGACGGUCUCAACAGGGGAUGGGCAAACCAGGGCGGCGAGGACAUUACCUUUUUGAACACCAUUAGGAAGCAGGUGGAGGAUGAUCUCUGUAUCAAUGAGAAGCUCCGUUUCUCAGUCGGCUUCUCCUACGGUGCUGCCAUGUCCUACAGCCUGGCCUGCAGCAGUGCCCAGGACUAUCGCGGUAUCGCCGUCUUGUCUGGAGCUCAACUCUCUGGUUGCAGUGGAGGAAACGCCCCAAUUGCUUUCUACGGCCAGCACGGCACAAGGGACAGCGUCUUGAACAUCUCAGCUGGUCGACAGAUCCGAGACCGCUUUGUCAAGAACAACGGAUGCCAGGCCAAGAAUGCGCCAGAGCCUCCCGCCAACAGCGGACGGUCCAUCAAGACUGUUUACGAAGGCUGCAGGUACCCUACGCAGUGGACUGCUUUUGAUGGGGACCACGUUGCCCUUCAGAGCUUUACAUCGGGCGAUGUUUGGAAGUUCUUCUCCCAAUUCACUUGA